GCAUAACCAGGUAAUAGAAAAAUAGAAUUUUGUCCGGCGCUCCCCUGGCCCUGCUCUCCGCUCCCCGCCCCUGCUGCUCUUCACCUCCGCCUCGCCGUCCGGGAAGGCGCUUCCUUUCCGUCACCUCGCCCUCUCACCGCCGUCAACGUCGGCUCCCGGAUCUGAACCAGCCGCAACCUACCGCCGCCGGACAGCACAGGUCAGAGGUACCCAUCCCUGGACUGCUGUGCUGCGAUUCAACCCCCCAUUUGCAGCAGCAGCUAGGUAGUAGGCAGCGGCAUCCGUCACCUGCAGCAAAGGCAGGCAGGCGGUGCGCUUGAGCCAACGCGCCACGUGUCGUCCAUCCCUGCAUCACACCAGAGGAUAGCCGUCGUGGCCCUCGGCGCGGCACAAUGGGUGGUGGGGAAGGCGCUAGCCCCCGUCGCGGAUGGCGUGCUGGAGGCUUGGGCGGCCACCAGGAACUUUGGUCCCAACGUCGAGGCCCUCAGGAUGGAACUGCUGCUCGUGCAAGCAACACUUGAAAAUGCUGGCCGCAAGGAGAUCAGCGGUCCGGCCAUGGAGGAGCUGUUGCAGAGGCUGCAGGACUCGGCGCACAUUGCCCAAGACUUGCUGGACGAGCUGGACUACUUCCGCAUCCACGACGAGCUCCAUGGCACGUACAAUGCUGCCGACCAGCACGACAAGGGUGGCGUCCACGACCUCGCCCUCAAUGCUCGCCACACCGCCAAAGCAGUUGGCAAACUGGUCAGCUGUUGCCCUUGGCAGCAUGCUAAGGGCCGGCAGAGGUCACCCGGCGAAUCCUCCUCAGCACAAGACACCAAUCAAGAAGUCAGCGGAUGCAUGCCCAAGCUGAUUGGUAAACUCCUCCCUUGCUCAUCUUCCCGGGAUCCACAUAUAAGUGAGAAAGAUUGUGGCAGUGUGCAAGAAAUGCCAAAGUUUGAGUUUAAUAGGGUUGAUUUCUCUCGAAAGAUGAAGGGCAUCAUAGAGAAAUUGCAGCUUGUGCGCAAGGAUGUUAAUGGCCUUUUGCAGAGUUGUGACCCUAGAAGUGUCUCGAACAUUGCCCAGGGUCGUCCUAUCACCAAGGGUCGAAUUGAUGAGCCAAAACUGUAUGGGAGGGACCGUGUCAUGGAUAGCAUCAUAAAGGACAUCACCAAGGGUCAAUACUGUGACAAGGGUAUAACUGUGCUUCCGGUUGUUGGUUCGGGGGGAAUGGGGAAAACAACUCUCAUACAACACAUAUAUCGCAACCAGCAAGUGCUGAAUCAUUUUCCAGUCAUGAUUUGGAUAUGUGUGUCUUUCAGUUUCAAUCUGGAUAAGGUGCUAGAGCAGAUUAAAACAUGUACCCCUGCAGUUGAAAAGGAAAAAAUUGGCAGUACAACUGAAGAUUUGAUCGAGCAAAGAUUAAAAUCUAAAAGGUUCUUACUUGUAUUGGAUGAUAUAUGGAGGAUUAAUAAUGGGGAUGACUGGUUAAAAUUAUUGUCGACACUCAAUAAAUCAGAGGAAAAAGGUUCCAUGAUUCUGGUCACAACUCGGUUUGAAGCAAUAGCACAGAUGGUUGAAACACCUUGCCAGUCAAUAAACCUGAAUGGUUUAGAAUCUGGAGAGUUUAGAAAGUUAUUCCUUGCAUUUGUGUUUGGUGAUGAGCAAUAUCCAAGGGAUAAACAAUUUUUGCUUGAGACUGGAGAUAAGAUAAUGAAAAAACUAAAGGGCUCCCCUCUUGCAGCAAAAACGGUUGGUAGAUUACUGAGUAAAGACCUUAGUUUGCGUCACUGGAGAAGGGUCCUAAAAAGUAGAGGAUGGGAGAAGCAGACCGAUGACAAUGAAAUUAUGCCUGCCUUGAAGCUUAGCUAUGACUUUCUUCCUUUCCAUCUGCAACAAUGUUUUGCCUAUUCUGGAUUGUUUCCUGAAGAUUACAAUUUCAGAAGUGACGAACUGAUCAGUCUAUGGAUCGCACUAGAUAUUUUGAUACCCAAUGGGCAAGACCAAACAUUUGAAGACAUAGGUCUGAGCAAUUUAAAUGAGUUAGUCACCCAUGGAUUUUUCAGAGAAGAGAAAACUAUGUAUGGUCUGCGUUAUGUUAUGCAUGACCUGCUGCAUGAUUUGGCAUUGAAGGUUGCAUCUCAUGAUUGUCUUAGUUUAAGUCUCCCUGGUGUUGGAUCAGUAGAGAUUCAGCCAACCACCCGUCACUUGUCAAUAAGCACAUAUGGUUUAGGUAAAUAUGAUGCAGUGUCUGGUAAAAAACUGAAGAGUGAAUUGGAAGAACUAAAGACAAGAUUUAAAGUUGAAGAAUUGCAAACAUUGAUGUUAUUUGGACAAAUGGAUGAAUGCUUUGUCAAGAUAUUUGGUGAUUUUUUGGGGGAAGCAAAUACUCUUCGUGUUCUUCAUUUGCCCAAAAUGCUUUGUCCCGUGGAGUUCAUGUUACAUAACUUUUCGGGACUUCUCCACCUACGAUACCUAUGUCUAGGGACACAGGAGAUCCAGAUGCAUUUACCACUUGGCAUCUCCAAAUUUUAUCAUUUAAGGAUCCUAGAUCUUGAAAAGUGGCAUGGCAGUUGUGAUUUGCCCGAAGGCAUGAGCAACCUUGCCAAACUGUGCCAUUUUUAUGUCCCAAAUGAUCAGCUUCAUUCUGAUAUUUAUAAUGUGGGGAAACUUAAACUGUUAGAAGAGUUGAGGGUAUUUCAAGUCAAUAAAAGAAGUGAAGGGUUUGAAACAAAGCAACUAGAGCACUUGACCAAGCUAAGGGAGCUUGGCAUCUACAACCUUGAGAAGAUAGAUACAGCAGAAGAAGCAACUCAAGCAAAACUGAUGGAGAAAAAUUACUUGAGGAGGUUAACAUUGGACUGGGAUAGUAAGCGAUCUAGUGUUGAUCCUGGUGUGGAAGCAGCGGUUCUUGAGAGCCUUCAGCCACAUGGAGAUCUUCAGGUGUUGUGCAUUAGAGGGCACGGAGGUCCUUCUUGUCCGACAUGGUUGGGUGAUGAGUUCGCUGUUGAAGCUCUACAAUCUCUUUAUCUUGAUGGUGUUUCUUGGGAAGUUUUCCCUUCUUUAGGGAAGGCGUGGGAUCUUCGUGAAUUAAGGUUUGAGCAUAUUGCCAGACUGAAGGAGUUCAUCGUAGAGAAAAGCUUUUGCAUGCUAACACAACUUAUACUCAUUGGCCUUGGAAGUUUUGAAAAGUGGGUUUACACUGGUGAGCAAGAGUCUUCCGUUGGUGGAGACUUGUUACCACCGACUGCUCAUGUGUUCCCUCUUUUGCAAGUUCUGGUUAUUAGAGAGUGCCCGAAACUCGUGGGGUUGCCUUUCUCAAACCACAUUGUUUCUCCAGAUUGGUUCCCCAAGCUACAAGAGCUUGAUGUAAAUGAUUGUCCCGAAUUCUUGCCACUGAUUCCCAUCUCCUGGAUCGAAAGUCUGCGUUCUGUCACGAUGGAAUGUGUAAAGAUGCUAAAGGAGUUUGCAUACUCAAAAUCAUCCAAUGGAGCACAAUUGGAGAUUAUUGGAGGGGCUGAUUUGCAUAGCAUAGACCAAGUGUUAGUUUUUGAUAAAGAAACAAGUCUUGGGAAGCUGACACUAUCGAGGUGCCCACCUCUGGAGUUGAAGCACCUUCUUAUGCUAACCUCACUGAGGACAUUGAUUGUAGAAAAUUCAGUUGGUGUAGUUGGACCACUAGGAGGAGGUCAGAGUGAUGUGGAAUGGCAGCUCCAUGUUGAGUGUAUCAAGAUCGAUGGCUUAACUGGUAAUACUGGCGAGGAACUGACAGAGCUCCUUCCCCACCUUCCAAAGCUCUCCAAAUUGGAAAUAUGGCAGUGUAAAAACAUAAAAAAGCUGGUAGUGGGGGUGGAUGUGCAACAGACAGCACAAGAAGCAUCAGAGAUAACCGCAGCAGCAGAGGAAGAGGAUGACGGGGUGCUGCUCUUCCCCGCUCAUCUCCGUGACUCACUACGGGAAUUGGAUUUCACUUUCUGCCCAGAGCUGGUCCUGGUGGACCCGCCAACUCUUGUUCCUGGAGAAGGAUGGCUACAAGCCUUGCAAUCUCUCCAGAGAUUAACAAUACGGCGGUCCCCAAAGUUUCUAUCCACCUUCUCCUUUUCCUGUCACAUUUUCCCUUCCUCCCUGCAGUUUCUGGUGCUUUGGGAUGUGGAAGGCAUGGGGACACUGGAGCCCCUCUCAAACCUCUCCUCUCUUACAAUAUUAAGAUUGAAGGAUUGUGGAGAGGAUCUGAAAUGUCAGUAUCAGGGGCAGCUCAACAAAUUAGAGGUCAGGGGCAGCCCUAGAUUCUUUGCUGAUUGGGAUCCCAAUCCCAGACGGGCUUUGGAAGAUGCUGAGGGAGGUGAAGAGCAGCAGGCACAGCUUGUUUCAUCCAUACUGCGUGAGCUUAAAACAAAUGACGUGGCAGGACUUCUUGCUGCACCCGUCUGCAGAUUCCUCUCUUCCUCCCUCACCAAGCUGUCACUUUGGGGGCAUUGGUGUGAAGGGAUGGAGCGGUUCAGCAAGGAGCAAGAGGACGCCCUUCAACUCCUCUCCUCCCUCCAGGUACUAAAGUUUUGGAAUUUGAAGGACCUCCAACAACUCCCUGCAGGGCUGCGUAACCUUACCAGCCUCAAGAUAUUAUCAGUCAACUGCUGUCCAGCCAUCUCGUCAUUGCCCAACGAUGCCCUCUCGGAUUCACUGGAAAAGCUAGAUAUCUUCAGGUGCAGUGAGGAGCUGAAACAGCAGUGCAGGGGGUUAGUGGGAACCAUCCCCAAAAUCAAAAUAGACAUCAUUGACUAGUGAUCCAAGGACGAUGCCUUGGAGUUCCCUUGUACAUUCCUCUAGCCUUGUAGAGCUCUUCCCUUCCCAUUCAAACACAUGCAUGACACAACGAAGGCCUUCCUUCCUCUACUUAAAUCUGGUAAGUACAUCUAAACUGGAACUUUACUCCUGCUGUACUAUAUCUGAUAAGACACCACGUGUGCUGAUUGGCCCUGAUCUUUCACCACACACAAAUAACAACAAUAUUUGGGGAUUUUUGGUGGAGAAGUGUAUGAACUAGGAGAGAAGUUGAUCUAUCUAGCAACCAGAAAUUAGAUCGAAUAGAUAACUUGGUUGAAGCAAAGUAGAUGUGAGAGGAGAAGCAGAAAAUAAGAUGGGGAUUAAGCACAUGGGGCUGCACCCAAAAUACCUUUCUGAUUGAGAUUUCUGGAUAUUCUGAUCCAAGGUAACGCAAACAGACUUUCUUGUGUUUUUCCACUUUGCCCUUUUCCUUCAUUUCUGCAUAAUAAAACUUGGUUUGUGGCACAUUGUGAAGUUGUCAGGUUUGUGCAAGAAAAGCAUCAGGUUCAAGUUUAAAUAUUCAGAUCUGCUUCAUUUUAGUGGCAUGGAGGGAUGAUGCUUCCUGUACUAACUAACAAGUGACCCCUCUGUGCAGACAAACAAGCCAUAAGCGAAUGGCUUAUUAUUAUUUCCAGAAGAUGCAGCUUAUUAUGAAAAACUUGCACUGCAAAGGUGUGACGACUCACUAGAGAAGGACCGCUGUACACCUGCUCGAUGACUCCAGCAUUUUAUGGGUGUGCUUAAAACACAGGAGAGGUGUUCAUUCAUGCGAGAGUCGGUUCCCCAAGGAGGGUGAUGAAUUGACUUGCAACCGGUCCGCGGAAUAUGUGAAGCCAUGCUAAGGAAGAAGCAGCAGAAACACUGCCCAGGCUAGAAGAAGCGUAGCCAGCAGCUGGGUAUAUCUGAAGCCUGUCAGCCUUGUUAUGCCGCUUAGAAUUAAAUUCCUGCCAUGAGUAUGCCCAUAUCGUGUGUGAGAUGGAACCAGACUGCAUCUUCUGAAGGAACCGACACUUGUCAUGUUGUUAACUGAAGAAAUCGGCACCCAGCGGUUGGUGCCCACAUUGUUGACCGCCCGAUCUUCAUCAAAUGGCAACUUACCGCCUCGCCCCGAGUUACAACGCACCUGUCGCCCUUGAUGGCGCAUCCAGUGGCUUUGAAGACUGGAGCUGUCGCUAUUUGAAUUACAUUCUGCCGUCUCCUUGUUGACCUGCCUUACUUUAGUAGCGUUAAAGUUACCCUUUCCAGUGGUUGUAAUGGGUAUAAAGCCCCGGAUCUAUCUGAGAGCACUGGGGCUCAUCUUCCUGAACUUGGCGUAAACCCUACGCUGGCGCAUGUCCUCUGUUCGCUAUAUUUCUCUCAUGGGGUCAUCCUCUGAAUUCACCUACUUGGGAGCUUCAUGUGAUCUGCGAGUGAUUUAGUUUUGUGAACUAGUUGUUCAGCGCUCCUGCUUACUGGAGCACAUGGCGUCGAUCAUCACCAAGUUAAGGCAGUGAAGUCCCCAAGAUUCACUUGCACAUAUUCCUGAAUUCGUCAUAACUGUUGUUGUUUAACGAAAUUUAAUGGCGUACAGGAUGAUGUGAGGGAUUCACUUGCUGCUCAACUAUAUAUUUACAUCAGAAACUUGCCUAGCUAGUGAUGGAAGUAUCAACCACUCAAGGAUUGAUAGCGAAAGAAGUGGCUGCAGUUCACCCAGUAUGCCUCCCAAGUCAUUCACCCAAUAUGUCGUGGCUCUCCACGAUGCUGACAUUGGCAUAUAGCACUUGUUGGCUCGCUGUUGAGAGGAAUGUCAUGAAGAAUCUCAGGUUGCAGUCACGAGGCCAUACCAAGAUACAGUUUCCUUAGUCGGCGCCAGGGAAGGUGGUGAAUUAAGCUGCAACAAGUCUGCGGAGUAAGAGUUAUGCAGAUAGAGAUGCAAUAUGCUUGCUGGAUGGAUCCAUGCUAAGGAAGCGGAUACAUUGGCUAGCAGGAGCAUAUAUAGUCUGCAGCUAUUUGGCAAAUGAAAUGAUGCUCUGCUCAUCUCCCCUGCUUCUCAAGCAUACAAACCCGAUGGAUAUGCUUGCUUGCUUAUUCGGUCGGAGUAGUAUCUGCUGGAAGCUUGUCUGUCGCUGCCUUUGUUGAUUGUUGCUGCAGUUCUAUGGAUUUGAACAUCUGCCAAAGCUCGUGCUCAUGUUUUCUUUGAUUUCCCCGGCCGUUUUUUUCCUUAUUAUGAACUGUUGUUCUGCAUCACAAAACAGAGCUUAAAUAAUUUCGACGAUGCAA